AUGCUAUUUUGCAGACCAUCCGAUAUUUUAUCCAACGUUGUUGGGCGAGUGAUGCAAUCGGCUUGUAUAUUUUCCUCGUAUCGGAUGGUAAUGCCCUCUCCUUUUGGUGAUUCUGUGAUUGAAGAAAAGGAAAUGAUUCGAUUGCAACGAGGAAUGUACCAAAUGCAGAAUCAGUCGUUAUUUUUAUAUGCCCCAAUUUCGAAGGCUUGGUUCGUACAUUGUCAAUGGAAAUACAAAUGCCAUACACCACAUGAGAAAUGUCGAACCAAUAAUGCUUGGUCUUGGUCAAUUCAGGAUAAAACUCGCGUAAUAAUUUAUUAUAAGACAUAUUUUUUAUUGUCAGGUUCUGUUAUACGAAUCUACUUAAGUGUGGUGAAUGAAGAAUUUAUUUCACUAUCAUUACGUGAUAUUUUACAUUUUUCAAAGAUUGGUAAAUUGUUUAUUUUGAAAUUAUUUUAUCAAAAUCCAUCUUCACUCAUUACUGCUUUAAUUUUAAUAUAUUAUUCGAGAUGGAUCGAAAGGCGUUUUGGUUCAAAAAAAUUUUUGAACUUUUUGGUUAUCAAUUUUUUUUUGUCAAUAAUCAGCGAAUUAAUUGUUUUUUGUUUUCUGUCAUAUAUUAAUUAUGAUUCGAGUCAAAUUUUUUUCCCAUGCGGACCUUCAGCUUUACUUAUUUCUCUUUAUAUCAAUUUCAUCCGUGAAUUCCCUAUUGUACCAUUCGUCAGUAUUUUUGGAAUUUCUUUAUCGAUUCAUAAUUUGCCAUUUUUCGCUUUCUUACAAAAAUUUUGGGGUGUUCAAGAAUUAUUAUAUUAA